AUGUCGAUAAGCAUGGCCUCCUUGUCUCCACAAUCCUCAUACCCGCAGCUCUCUCCUCAAUAUUCACUGGUCAUUUGGCCAAUACUCUUGGUCGCUUAUCAGCUACUGCAAUCGGCCUCCUUCAUCUUUGGUAUUGGUGCUGCUAUUGAAUGUAGUUCUUUCCAUCUUCCUCAGAUUUUCAUCGGGCGCGCUGUUAAGGGUGUUGGCGAGGGCUUUUUCCUAAGCACAUUAGUCGUCUACAUUACCGAGAUAUCACCACCUUCCCAACGAGGUACUUUGGCUAGUCUUCCUCAGCUCGUCACCACUAUGGGGGUUCUAGUAGGCUAUUUUAUGUGUUAUGGUUCUGUGGGAAUAGAAUCAAGUUUGAGUUGGAGAUUACCAUUUGCGGUACAAGCAAUUAUCGCAUUCUUGUUCACGGCCAGCACUAUGCUGUUUCUACCGCAAAGUCCAAGAUGGUUAGCGGCAAGAGGAAAAUUUGAGGAAGCGGAGCGGAGAGAAAGGGUGGACGAUGAUGUAGAUGAUAAUGAAAAGGCGGACCAAGAAGUAAAAGCGAAAGACAUGUUUGCGAUUUUUGCACCAGAUGCUUGGAAGAGGACAGUUCUUGGGCUAUUCUUGAUGGGAAUCCAGCAGGCGGCUGGUAUUGAUGGUGUCUUAUAUUACGCACCCCUCCUCUUCCAAUCCGCCGGCUUAACUUCCUCAACGGCUUCUUUUCUCGCUUCAGGCAUCUCCGCUCUCUUAAUCUUCCUUACAACUAUCCCAACCUUUAUCCUCGCCGAUAAAUGGGGUCGCAGAACUAGCACCAUCGUCGGUGGUGCUGGUCAAUUCAUUGUUAUGUUUAUCAUCGCCUCUCUCUAUGCCUCAGAUUCGGUACAUUCCUCCUAUGGCGCCGGUCGCUGGGUCGUUAUCAUCUGCAUCUAUCUCUUCGCCAUUAUAUUUUCCGCCACAUGGGCCGUAACCUUUAGAGUAUACGUAGCCGAGAUUCAAAGUGCAAAGACGAGAGCCGGAGCAACGAGUUUGGGAUUGAGUGCUAAUUGGGUGGUGAAUUGGAUAAUAGCAUUUACGACGCCUAUCUUUCUGUCAAAGAGCACGAGUGGAUGUUAUUGGUUGUGGGGAAGUGCCGCUUUAGUAAACAGUCGUUGUGGCAGCGUUUUGGAUGCCGGAGACGAGGGGGAAGAGUUUGGAGGAAAUUGA